CCCCCAAGAUGGCGAUGCUGGCAGAGCCCAGGAGAAAGCAGAAGUGGUCUGUGGAUCCACGGAACAGCGCUUGGAGCAACGAUGACUCCAAAUUUGGCCAGAAGAUGCUGGAAAAGAUGGGCUGGUCCAAAGGAAAGGGUCUCGGGGCUCAGGAGCAAGGAAAUCCAGAACACAUCAGGGUUAAGGUGAAAAACGACGUGCUGGGAUUGGGAGCUACCAUCAAUCACGAGGACAACUGGAUUGCUCAUCAGGAUGACUUCAACCAGCUUCUGGCUGAGCUGAAUAACUGCCAUGGACAGGGUGAAACAGAGUCCUCAGUGAAAAAGCAGAAAAAGACAUUCAGCCUCGAAGAAAAAUCCAAAUCUUCCAAGAAACGUGUCCAUUAUAUGAAGUUUGCCAAAGGUAAGGAUCUCUCAUCUCGCACUGAACAGGACCUGUCCUGCAUUUUUGGGAGAAGGCAGAAGAGUGCCAAGACCCAGGAGGAUAUUGCUGAUCCUGACUCCCAAGAAGAGGAGAGGACCAAGUGUCUCUCCAGCCCUGGAGAUGGUUCCAGCACAGUGAAGAGUGCUCUCACUGUCCAGGAAUAUUUUGCCAAGCGCAUGGCAAAGCUGAAGGGAUCCCAGCAGGAAACAGAACCAAAGGUGGAUCAUUCCAGCCCAGCAGCUGAAGAAGCUGUGGAGCCUUCAGAAGAGCUGGAAACCAAAGUCAAAAAGAAAAAGAAGAAGCAGAAGAGAGAUGAUGAGGCAGAAAGGACAGAGGACUGUGAGAAACCAGGGAAAAAGCCUAAGACAGGGAGCUUGAAUGGAAAAGAACUGGAUGAUCCACUAAAUGAAUGUCACAAAAGGAAAAAAAAGAGGAAACAUAAAGAGGAGAACGAAGGAGAAAACAUCAGUUGUGAUGAGAAUACAGGCAAUGGAGAAAUUUCUGUGGGAAUGUCUGAGGGGGAGGAACUCAGCACAGAGGAGCAGGGGGAAAGGCAGAAGAAACGCCACAAGAAGAAGCACAAAAAGCAAAAAGAGGAGACAGGGGAGUGUGGGGAAGGAGCACCCAGAAAGAAAAAGAAGCACUGCAAGAACAUUUAACCCUUUCAGGCUCAGGGGUGAGUCUGUGUUGUAGGAGGCUCUGUGUAAACACAGCACCAAUCCGGGCUUGGACACUGCUCCAGCUCCAGAUGGAUCUAAGCACAGUCUGGAUCUAAACUCAGACUGGAUUUAAACUCAGACUCUAUCUAAACCCACCUUUUCCAAGGGAAAACAUGGUGAUGGACCAACAGGAGCUUCAGUCCAUGUUCAAAAGGGAUCCACAUGGAGGAUCAACACAUCAAGACUGUGAAAGGCAGGGAAUGACUUUCUGCUGCUUCACCUGACUGUGUUUUUCUCAAUCCAUGAAAAAAAAAAAUUAAAAAUCACCCUAGUACUGCCUUUUUUAUUAAAAUUGUUUUCACUUGUGAGAGCCCAGCUCUGCUUCUGGAAGCAGGAGGGGGUUUGCAAAGCUGUUUGUGUUUUUUCCUUGAUUUUUGAAAAGUGGUGUCUAAUUUUUACAUUUAUCUCUUUUUACAUAUAAAAUGAAUGUUGUUUCUUCCCAAAGUGCUUACUCUGAUUAAAAGUUUGCUCAAAAAAGUGUCAGCACUUAAGGGUGAAAUAAAAAGACCUCCCUGUGCCUCCAAA